AUGAAGACCGCCUCGUCCAUCCUCCGCGCCACCAUCCUCUCCUGCGUCUUCCAAGCCUCCGAGGCUCUGGUCGGCGUCUCAUGGAGUGUAUCCAACGUGCCCUCGGCCGGACUGAAGGAAAUCACCUUCCCCAUCUCCAUGCCGCACGCACCCCAUGUCGCCGGCUACUAUUUCGCACAGCAAUUCGGUUUCGUCGGCCAAAAGGACAUUGGCUACACCGGCCUCCAGCCACGCCCAAACUCCGGCUCUUCGUCCGUGGUUCAUGCCGUCUUCUCUAGCUUCGUCGAGGGAACCACUUCCAGCGAUGACAACUGCAGUAACGGUGCGGAUGGCGGAGCCGGUGUGAGUUGUUCCGUGGAUGUCGACACCACCUACGCCCAUGGAUAUCUGCUGGAAAUCAAGAACACCGGAGGUACCACCUGGACCGGAACUCUGGUUGAUUCUGUUACCGGACAACACCACCACAUUGGCUCCUACACCCUCCCGUCGGGGUCGCAGGGUAUUAAGGAUUCCCAGAUGGGCUUUGUCGAGUACUAUCCCUGGAACUCGCAGCCAUCGCACUCCUGCAGCUCGCUUCCCAAGACCGAGGUCAAGUUUGGUGUUCCGACUACUUCGAGUGGCAAUGCUGGAAAACUGCAGAAUGCGUACGAGUAUGGUGACUGCAAGGGAAAGGCUGGUUUCAAGAGCGAGCACAGCAGCAGUGGUGUUGAGGUUACCGUUGGGUUCUGA